AUGCCGCCUCCCCGUAUAGACCUAGCGAGCCCGCCGGGAAGCUAUCUCCACCAACUGCUGUCACUGAAGCUAAGCAAGUCCGAGUUUAACAAGCUCUGCUUUUUGACCAUUGGGCGGGAGAACGUGCCCCUCCACAACCAGCUUAUCCAAUCUGUGAUCAAGAAUGCUUAUCAGGCUAAGACCCCACCUCCACUAAAGAGACCCUUGCAAAGGGAAGAUGGGUUGAAACCACCCCCUUAUCCGCUCACAUGGUCCAAUGGGGAAGUUCUACCACAGUCUCCAAGGAGGCGAAGGUCUGUUACUCAGAGAAGCAAGCUCGGACUCAAUGAAAGGGCGGAUGUUCCUAUUCUAGAGAAUGGUGACUUGGGUUACCAUGAUUUGAAGAGACUUCGUGAAGGCCUAGAUGGUGAGCAGGCUGAGCAGCCUGUGAAGAGACAUCGUCUUGAUGGCAGUGAGAUUGAUGAAGUUAGUUUGGGUGAAGAUGGAGACUUUAUAAAACCGAAAAAUUAUCUGAAGCUAAGCCAUGGUCCCCUUAAAGCUCCUCUUGGGAUUCCAUUUCGUCCCGCAGGAUUGGGUAGGGCAAAAAGGUCUCUUCCACCAAGAGGAAGUACUGGUAUUGGUAAUUUAUGCAGUUUGGCAGAUAGUGGUGAACUGUGCCAUACAGACGAUUUGAGAAAAAGAAUGGAAAGUUUUGCAGAAAGACAAGGACUUGGAGGAGUUUCAUUGGACUCUGCUAAUUUAUUGAAUCAUAGCUUGGAUGUUUAUUUGAAGCAGCUGAUUAAAUCAUCCAUUGAGUUAGUACGUGCAAGGGUAGGUCCCGAGAUAAUAAAGGAGCCAACACCGAAGCAUAAGACUCAUGAAAAGCCUGUAAAUGGUAUUUGGUUGGACAGCUCCAUGCAUAUGCAUGGUAGUAGCCCUUUGGAUUUGCAGGAGAGGAAAUGCUGCUUGAUAACUCAGCAGGAUUUUACAAUGGCAAUGAAGCUGAACCCACAGCAACUUGGGGAGGAUGCAGCACUAUGGCUUGAGAAGAUAUGCUUCCAUUCAUUCGAAGAAUAACAUAGUUAUAUAAGGUUUUUUGGUUCUGUUGGAAACUAAGGCUAGCGACCGCCUAUGUGUUCAAGGGCUGGUCUGUGUAAAUCAGCAUCGAAAGAUUCACAUUGGAAGCAGUAUUUUAAUGCAAGCCCCUGAAUCAGUGCCACACAUAUACAGCGGAAUACAUUCUUGAGCAUCCAUUGGAGAAGAAUAAAGUAAAGCUGUUUGGUCCCUCCCUAACACAUUCAGCUUUUUUGAGGGGGUGCAUUCGCUUGAAUGGAGUUCUAGAGAUAUUAUGUUUAAGCCUAACCAAUCCAGGGGGAGUCCGGUCACAGUUUUGCAGCGAUACUUUGUGUAACUUAUAAGAUUCUAUUUUAUAACUUAUGCAAGUCAUGGCAUUUGUAUUACCAAUUGUUAAAAUUUCUUAGGUAGUUCUAAUACCAUUUUCAUGU